AUGUCUACGGCUACGCAAGUACGAGAGUCACCGGAGCCACGCGAUCUCAUUCAUUUGACGAAUGUGACAGUCCCGUUGCCGGAGAGAUUGAAUCUAAAAGGCAACUUGGCACAAAACUGGCGAACGUUUCGCAGAAGAUGGGAAUCUUUCGAGGUCUCGUCCCAAAUGACCACAAGAUCGCAUGAGGAGCGAGUGGCGACCUUCCAACAAUGCCUGCCGGCAGAAGCUCUCGAGGUUCUGGACACCUUGCCCUUCGCAGAAGGCGAAGAUAGAAAUGAUAUGGUAGUAGUGCUUCGUCAUAUGGAAGCGUACUGCUUCAGCAAAACAAACGUGAUCUACGAACGGUACCAGCUCACGCAGCGAGCACAGAAGCUAGGUGAGCCUAUUGAUGACUACCUAAUUUCGCUAAGAAGCAUGAUUCGUGCAUGCAAUUAUGGUGCGAUCCAAGAUGAAUUGUUGCGCAACAAGAUAGUCCAUGGGAUACGCAACAAUGACACUCGUCAGAAACUGCUGCAAGAAGCUAAAUUAACUUUGGCGACCGCGAUAUCCAUAUGCCGUGCCGCAGAGUCGACAUCCGCACAAGCCAAAGCCAUUAGCUUCAGCGAUGACGUGCAUGCACUGACCGCGUACAGCACACACAACAGGAGAAGACAAGCCACAGUAACCACUAGGGUACUGCAGACAUGUCAGUAUUGUGGACGACGACAUGACAGAGGUCCACGACAAUGUCCCGCAAUAGGCAAAACAUGCUCCAAGUGUGGCAAAGCAAACCGCUUUGCUUCCGUUUGCCGACAGAAACAACCACAAAAGAAGACAGCUUCCCCAAAACAACAGUACCGCAUACACCGUAUGGAAGACGACGAGUCAGACCAAACCAAUUACUUGAUGACAACCACAUUGACCGAUACCAGAAACACGGAUACAGCCCAUUCUCUUCAAAAUAGCCAGGAGACACAUGUCAAUCAACUGUACGCCACAAUGACAGUCGGUGGGUGCCCAAUAUGUCUACAAUUAGACACAGGUGCUGCGUGCAACGUUAUCAGAAAGUCGGAAACUCCUCCAGGGACCGUACUACAGAAAUCUGACAAAGUUUUGUCUCUUUACAACAAAAGCAGACUGAAACCUCUGGGUAGGUGUACUUUGCCAAUCAUCAACCCCAAAACAAAGCAACAACACAUUGAGGAAUUUGUUGUCGUUGCAGACAACGAAGCAGCUACCUCUCUGUUAGGAGCCGGAGCGACACAGCGACUAGGACUUAUCAGCGUACACCUCGACCACGUACAUACUGUCAAACAUGAACAGACAGCACCCGGUUCUUGCAAACCGCAGACAACCAUGGACACCACAUCUGACUUAAAGCAACUUCUUGCAACAUACGCAGAUGUUUUCGAUAGCAGCACUGUUGGUCAACUGCCUGGAAUGCUACAUCUAGAUGUUGACCCCACGGUACCACCUGUCAAAAUGCCUCUAAGAAAAAUGCCCAUUGCUAUGCAAGCACAGCUGAAAGACGAGCUGCAGCGACUGGAACGACUAGACGUGAUCGAACGAGUGGACACUCCAACCGAGUGGAUAUCUAGCCUCGUCGCCAUCAAGAAGCCGAACGGAAAACUCCGCUUGUGCAUCGAUCCCAAGCCCUUAAACAAGGCACUGAGACGCAGUCACUAUCCGAUGCACACCAUCGAUGAUCUGCUGCCUGAACUAUUGCAAGCCAAGAUGUUCAGCGUUUGCGACGUAAGUAAUGGAUUCUGGCAUGUUAAAUUAGACAAAGAAUCUAGCUUACUUACGACAUUUGAGACGCCAUUUGGACGCUACAAAUGGAAGAGGAUGCCUUUCGGUGUCUCACCUGCACCGGAUGUAUUCCAGCGACGACUAGACGAAGCCCUAGACGGAAUGCCCGGAGUGCACACAAUUGCAGAUGACAUCCUGAUCACUGGAGUAGGAAGUAACAUGGAUGAUGCAACAGCAGACCAUGACCGCAAACUCCACAGACUACUUCAGCGAUGCCGCUCCAAAGGAAUCCGCAUCAAUGCCGACAAGCUCAAGUUUAGGCAAAGCAAAGUUGCCUAUCUUGGACAUUUGCUCACAAUCGACGGUUUGAAGCCCGACCCCAGCAAACUUACAGCAAUACUAAAUAUGCAGAAGCCCACAGACGUUCACGGAGUGCAGCGCAUACAAGGACCAGUCAAUUACCUCUCGCGCUUUCUAAGCAAUCUGACCGAUUUGUGUGAGCCACUUCGCCAGCUCACACACAAGAAUACAGCAUGGAAUUGGACUGAUAUCCACGACAAAGCUUUCCAGAAAAUUAAAAACGCUAUUACUGAAGCACCUGGACUGCAAUACUUUGACCCGACUGAGCUGACAACAGUACAAUGCGAUGCGUCAGAAACAGGACUGGGAGCAGCUCUCAUGCAAGCAGGCAAGCCGGUAGCCUACGCAAGCAGGGCUCUGACAACAACCCGAACAAAACUACGCUCAAAUUGA